AUGUCUUCUUCUGCAGAUAUCUAUACCAAUGGGAAUAGUCAUGAUCAAAUUCUACGUCCUAGGCCACAAAAUAUCCAUAAUUCAACUACUAUUCGAAAAAUAAGUGAAGAGGGGUUAUUACCAGUCAAUGGUAUUAAAGAUGUCUCCGAUGAUGGUAUUUCUACUGGCCCAACCAGUGGACGUACAACACCCGUUCCUGAAGAUGCGCCUCCUUCCGUUCAAUCGAUGUUCUCUGCCAAGAGACAAAUUAAAGCAGAGCAAAAACGUCGUAUUUUCCCAAUAAUCGAAUAUACCUCACGAGUCUCGCAUUUAGAUCCACAUAGCGAUCAUCAUGACUUCACGGGAUUUUAUAUUUUAUUCUGGAUUGGUCUUGCCAUCAUGGCUAUCACAACCAUGUUACGAAAUAUCAAAGAUACAGGAUAUCCUAUGAGAGUGGAGAUUUGGCAGCUAUUCACAGUAAAGGUCUGGGAGCUUGCAGUCGCAGAUGCCCUUAUGGUUGCAUCUACAUCUAUUAGUCUCCCUCUUCAUAAGUUUUUCAGAAGUAAGACGGCGAAAGCAUUGGGUUUGCAAUGGACCAGAGGUGGAAUGGUCAUACAGAGUUUAUAUCAUAUAAUUUGGAUGGCAUUUUGGGUAUCUAUACCAUUCUAUCGACAUUGGACAUGGACGGCUCAAGUAUUUCUUUUACUUCAUACUAUGGUUUUACUUAUGAAAAUGCAUUCAUAUGCAUUUUACAAUGGUCAUCUUAGUGAAACCGAACGACGAUUACAAGAACUAGACUCUCCUGCGACUGCUUCAAAAGCUCCAGCAUAUCAAUAUCCAAGUCCAAGUCCAGGUCACAAACGAACAGCAUCAGAGAUCAGAGCUCUUACUCAAACCAAAGCUGACGAAAUUGCAAUUCUUAGAGAGGAUUUGGCCAUCGAAUUGACAUCAACAAUGGGCUCAGUCACCUAUCCUAAAAAUCUCACGUGGUAUAAUUAUGCCGAUUAUGUAUUUUGUCCUACACUCUGUUAUGAGCUCGAAUAUCCUCGUACGAAUGGUAUAGUCUGGUCGGAAUUGGGUUAUAAGACCCUUGCCACAUUUGGAGUCAUUUUCUUACUCACUAUCACUUCGGAAGAAUUCAUCCAUCCAGUCAUGACAGCAUCGGCGAUUAAACUUCAGACUUCAACCUCGAUUACUGAAAAUGCACUUGUCAUUGCUGAAUCAAUCAGUUUACUUUUGUUUCCAUUUAUGAUAACUUUCCUUCUCGUAUUUCUUGUAAUAUUUGAAUUCGUCCUCGGUGCUUUUGCUGAGAUAACAUGUUUCGCAGAUCGACAUUUCUACUCCGACUGGUGGAACAGUACCGACUGGAUGCAAUUCUCCCGCGAAUGGAACAUUCCCGUCCAUCAUUUCUUCCAUCGUCACGUAUAUCUCGGCUCUCGCUCAUACAUCGGAAAAGGAGGAGCUACAUUUAUUACUUUCUUUAUUAGUGCCAUUGGUCACGAAAUAGUCAUGGCUUGUAUCACCAAGAAAAUUAGAGGUUAUGGAAUGGUAGCCCAGAUGAGUCAACUUCCCAUUAUUUGGUUACAAAGUAGACCCUGGGCUAGAGGGAAGAAGGUGUUGAAUAAUGUGUGUUUUUGGUGUAGUAUGAUUUUGGGUUUGAGUGGUAUGUGUAGUUUGUAUGUUUUGUUGUAA